AAAACCUCGGCUCAUCUGAAGCGUCCGGCGGCUUUUAUGACGAUGAUGAUCAGGUGGCCGAGCGAUUUGAAGAGAUCGCGCAGAAGCGACAGAGAAGAAUCGACGCGCGAGCACCGUCAAUCCCAUUGGAUGAUUGCCAACUGUGCCAGAAGCCGAUAAUCGAGUUUUUGCUCCCGGAUAGAUCUAAAAUCCGGUGUGCGAUGGCUGCAGAGACGGUGAUCGACCGGAUGCUUGAGGUGCACGGCAGCUACGAGGGGCUGGAAGACGCUAAUCAGUUGCAAGGAGACAAGCGCACUGUCAAGAAUGAACGCAACUUUGAGAAGAAGCUCAAGGAUAUGCGAAAACAGAUUCGUGGUGCUGGCAAGAAUAUCGUCGUCACGAAAAAGGCGCACAUCCACGCCUACGGCGACGAGAUUGAGGUGGACGCUGCGGCUGGCGAAUGGAAACGUGAAUGCGCCGAGUGCGGCUACACGGAGACUUUCGAGAAGAUG